UCAAUCGUUCCUAUUCUAUUAGCUAGCGGUGGGCGCUACCUGCGAUUACAUACAUAAACUGAAAUUUAUUGGACUAUUAUUGCAGAAACAGUUUGAAGAUGACUGAAAGUCAAGAAAAUAUAUUCCUCUUUGUUCCAAACAUAAUUGGUUUUGGGAGAGUAAUCCUUGCAAUUAUAUCAUUUUAUUUUAUGCCGACGCACUGCAUAUUGGCGUGUGUCUGCUAUGUUACCUCGGCUUUGUUAGAUGCUAUUGAUGGGCAUGCUGCAAGAUAUUUUAACCAAAGUACAAAGUUUGGUGCUAUACUGGACCAACUUACAGACCGUGCAGGCACUGCUUGCCUUAUGAUGACGCUGGCAACAUUCUACCCUCAAUACACAUUCUGGUUCCAAAUAUCCAUGGCCAUAGAUAUAACAUGCCACUGGUUAUACCUCCACACUGUUACCCUGCAAGGCAAAGCUUCCCACAAGUUCAUAGACAUGUCGGAAAAUCCCAUCAUGCGCAUCUACUAUACCAAUAAGACUGUAUUGUUCUGUAUGUGUGCCGGCAAUGAAGCUUUUUAUGCAGCCCUCUAUGUGAUGUAUUUCUAUACUGGACCUACAGUACUUGGAGUUGGACUUUUUAAAUUGAUUGCUAUUAUCUCAGCACCAGUGGCCAUAGUCAAGGCAGGCAUAUCAGUGCUUCAAGGUGUGGUAGGAGCUUUAAACCUCUCUACCAUUGACAUCAAUGAACGAGCUAAACUUGCUGAGAAACAAAAGAAUUAAACACUCCAUUCUUUUUGAACAAAUAAUUUCUAAUUGAAACUUAGUUUUCUGACUAAAUAAUAUUUUAAAAAUUUUGACCUCAUCCUUUAUAAAUCAAGUAAUCGUAAAGCAUAAUUUUAUUAUUAACAAAAGUAACUAGUCAAAAUAAAUUUAUAUUGUUACUAAUUUGCUUUUUAUAUAGAGCAAGUGUUUAAGUUAAGGUUUUGUUAUAUAUUUACAAAAGUACUUUUUAUUUUUAUUUUGUAUGACAUUUUGCGCAAUAGGCUUCCAGUUUUCGAAUCUUAAAUUACCUUUCGAAUAUUAUAAAUGUUGUUUGAAAAGUGUAUAUUACUAUCUAUUGGCUUGAUAGUAGACAACUUUAACAGAACGGAAGAAGAAAACUCAUGUUCAUUUUAAACAUAAUUGUUGUUAAGUAUAUACAUUUGAUUAUUUAUAAACCCACGGCUAUGGUUUUUUUUUAAAUUAUCGAGUGUUUAAGUGUACCUUUAGUCAAAUCUUAGUACUUUGCCCUGUAUUAACCUUCUGAAGAUAUAAUUGAUAACUUCAAUGACCUGACAGUCAUACAAUGUCAAUGUUCAUAAAAUAUGAACAUUUAAAUAAAGGUUAAAUAAAAUAAGAAGAGGUAUUAAGAUUUGAGGGAGGGGUGGUGGGAACAUAUUAGUUGUAUGUCUGCUAGUUAUUGUAUAUUAACUUCGUAGUGUUGUGUUAGCUUUCCAAGAAAAUCUAGUGUCUGCCUGAAAUAUGCAUUUUAACAAUUUAUUGUUUCAAGCUCUCAGUUAGACUAUACAUUCCAACCCUUAGGCAGAUAAAUUUGAACCAUAUUAUUUAUACAGAAUUGGAAAUCUUAAUUGUUAGGACAUCACUCAAUUAUCUUCUCGAAUGUAAGUGUAAAAUAAGAAUGUACUAGUAAUCAACAAGACCACUUAAUCAGUUGCUAAGGAUUAUACAGUGACAGCAUCUCAGCAGGGCAGCACUGAUACAAUCAUAUAUUUUAUUAUUUUGACCAUAUAUAUUUACCAGCAUUUAUAUUGACCAUUUGAUUCGAACUUGCAGAGUACACUAUGUAUAAGAUAUUUGGCAUUUAAAUGUAUUGAUGUUGACCCCAAUAAAGAUUUAAAAAGCA